GAGCCGGCAUCUAUAGGUCGGCGGCAAAGCGUCGUCAUUCUAUUGGCUUCGGUGGAUGGAAGGCGGGACUAUGCCAGGUUCUAUAUAAGCCGAGUUUGCGGAUCGCUGCUCUCCUUUUCGGCCGCGGUAGCCGGUGCCGGUGUGAGGACUGGGCUCAGUCUCCAGGCCAGAAUGCCCGUUGCAAGGAGUUGGGUGUGUCGGAAGACGUACGUCACCCCCAGGAGGCCCUUUGAGAAAUCACGACUUGAUCAGGAAUUGAAACUGAUUGGUGAAUAUGGACUGCGGAACAAGCGGGAAGUUUGGCGAGUGAAGUUCACCUUGGCCAAGAUCCGUAAAGCUGCCCGGGAGCUGCUCACCCUGGAUGAGAAGGAUCAGAGGCGCCUUUUUGAGGGCAAUGCCUUGCUACGUCGUCUCGUCAGAAUCGGGGUGCUGGAUGAGGGCAAGAUGAAGCUGGAUUACAUCCUGGGCCUGAAAAUCGAAGAUUUCCUGGAGCGGCGUCUCCAAACCCAGGUCUUCAAGCUGGGCUUAGCCAAAUCCAUCCAUCACGCUCGGGUGCUCAUCCGCCAACGACACAUCCGCGUGAGGAAACAGGUAGUGAACAUCCCUUCGUUCAUCGUCCGCCUGGAUUCUCAGAAGCACAUUGACUUCUCCCUCCGCUCACCCUACGGCGGGGGCCGUCCAGGUCGCGUCAAGAGGAAGAAUGCCAAGAAGGGCCAGGGCGGGGCCGGCGGUGGGGACGAUGAGGAGGAGGAUUAAGCUGUGGGGCAGAGGAAGGGGGCCAAUCAUGCCUGCCUUACUGUACGAUUACACAAUAAAAAAUAUUUGUGGGAGAGAA